CACUUUUACUGUGAAAAGCGCAUGCGCUAGUGCGCUGUCGGAUCGGUUGACGACUGCACUGGUGGUUGAUCGAGAGAGAGGAUGGCAGCGACUGAUCCUUGGGCGAGGAGCGGUUUUGUGAGGAGCCAGGGCAUCCCUGCUCCCUCUGGAGAGCGAUCCGUGGGCUGCGUGGACCUCAUGCACCAAUUCGAGGGAGACGAGGCAGGAGGGCUGCUAGUGAGACUGUUCUACCCAGCCCAGCUGAAUCAGAGUCAACCUCGUGCUCUGCCUACCACCUACGCACCUUGGGUUCCCAACAGCAUGUACACUAAAGCAUACUUCGCCUUCAAGAAUGUACGGUGGUCUGGAUUCGUCUCUUCCAUAACCAAUGCCUUCCUCAACCCCAGAAUACCGGCCGUGCUAGGAGCUGCACUAUUAGGAUCGUACUUUCAGCCACCUCCUGCCACCACAUCAGAGACUAAUGAUAUCGACAGUGCUCCUGGUAGUGAAACAGGGGUUAAUGCUGAAUCGGGAGAGGGUUCAGGGAGGGUUAACGGUCCCGGAUCACCUCUAUUCCCUGUCGUCGUGUUUUCCCACGGACUCGGGGCCAUGAGAACAACAUACAGUGGAAUAUGCUGUGACUUAGCCUCCCACGGAUAUGUAGUUGCGUCGGUUGAACACAGAGAUAGGUCAGCUUGUGCCAGUCUACAGAGAGUACCCAGCUCCACUGCAACUGAGGCUAACACAUUUCAAGACCAGUGGAUGGAGUUCUAUCACAGACCGGAGACUGAGGCUGAGUUUCCACUGAGAAACAGACAGGUUCUUCAGAGGUCUCGUGAUGCCAUUCUGGCUCUGGAGCUACUGACCAUGCUGAAUGAAGGUGUGGAGGUACACAACAUGAUGGAGGCACACUUUGACUUCAGACAGUUUCAGGGAAGACUGGACCUGAGGAAGGCUGCCAUUAUGGGCCACUCAUUCGGAGGAGCAACCACCAUCCAGGCCCUCAGUCAAGACCACAGAUUCCUGUGUGGGAUUGCUCUAGACUGCUGGAUGGUGCCGGUCCACAGAGAUCUCCUGGAGACUGGUGUUCAACAACCUCUCCUCUUCAUCAACAGCUUCACCUUCCAGUGGCCAGACAACGUGAGGAAGAUGAUGAAACUGACUCGUCCUCCGCAGCACACCGGAGCCUCUGCCUGCACCAUCCUAACACUCCAAGGGACGAGCCAUACAAACCAGUCAGACACGCCGUUUGUAACACCAAAACUGCCUCGAAUAUUUACCAACAUGGAGUCAGCCCUGGACCCUGUCCUGGCUCACAGACUAAACAUGGACAUCUGCCACGCCUUCUUCAAACGCUACCUACUUAGAGAUCCAGCAUACUGUGAGAAGAUGGUGCCAAAUCUCGAUGGAUGUGAGGGCCAUUCAGACCACAUAAUCUUUGGUUCGAAUGUCGACGUGUCCAUCCCAUCCGAGGACGGUGUCAACCCAUUUGGCAACGGGGCCAGCAGGGGGAAAUAAGGAGGGGACUCAACAAGGAGACGUGGCAGGCGGUGCCAACGAACCUGAAAAGUCUGGGGAAGUUGUCGAGAUGGCCAAGGAAAAAGCACAAACAGAAACGGAAACAUUAGACAGUGAACAUGCAGCAAAGUUGUAGGCUCAUAUAAUGUAUUAGGUGUGAAAUGAUGAAUUUGAUUGCUAUUUCCAAGUUGAUGGCUGACCACUUCCAAUAGGAUUGUCACGGUCGGUAGCAGAGGCUUCCCAAAUCCUCUUCUUCCCCUUUCUCCCCUGUCUCACUUCCUCCACGGCCACUACUCCAGACCUUCCUCGUGACAAGGUCUUCUUCAGAGAACUCUUCACCCCAGCUGGUGUCUUGGGGGCGUGGUUGAUAACUGGUCCCUUUGUCUGUCGCAUUCUGCCUCAAAAACUCCAGGCAGCUUGUUAGCUGUAGGUCCAGUCGGUACUAAAUCAGUCCCACUCUCUUUCUUCUCCUCUGUAGGCCUCGUAUUUCUCUGAGAUUUCAGUUGGUACACCGACAGACAGUCUCUUCUUUACACAUUCUGAAUCUCUGCCAUCGUCCCCUGCUCUCCCUUGUGACUUCUUCCGCUUCCUCGCAAGAGAUUUCGCCGUCAAAUCUUCCUCUGCGGCUCCUCUUUCUCUCUUUUGUUUUUCUUUCCCGACAGACCUCUUGACAGUGUUCUCUGCAGUUGCUUUUGACUCAGAUUUCUUGCUUUUUUCGUCACCCCCUGAGACUUCACAUUCUCUGUCUAAUGCUAAACCAUCCACUUUACCUCCAUCCAAUAUUUUCACAGACGCCACCAGCCCUAAAACCUCCUGAAGGUAAUUCGGACACUCGCACAGUUGAUUUCCUUUUAUAUUGAGGUUCACUAGCUGAUCAAGACUGCUCAGUGGUUCCAGCACACUACACAGUGAUAUGAAACUACAUUAAAACUGAUUCAUAGAAAACUAUAACGCUAAGGCAGUUUGCACCAAAUUGAUACUACACAUGCAGUAAUCGUAAGUGCUUUAAUGUGUUUGAGUUCUUAAUGGCUGCCA